GCGUCGCUCCUUCCGCUGCCGGUGACCGAUCGUGAAGUGCCAAAAAAGAAGAAGACGCCAAAAAGCAGAAGUUUCAAAAUUACCGACAGCGUUUAGUUGCCUUUUGCACUGUAAUCGAAAACCCUUUAAAACACGACACCUAGACUAACAGCAAGUCGCGCCAUCCAACACAUUUCAGGGGACCGAUAAUGGCUGUGAACGUUUACUCCACCUCUGUGACCAGUGAAAACCUGAGCCGCCAUGACAUGCUGGAGUGGAUCAACACAUCUCUGCAGAUGAACUUAACCAAGAUAGAACAGCUGUGCACAGGUGCUGCCUAUUGCCAAUUCAUGGACAUGCUGUUCGAGAACUGUUUGCCUUUGAAAAAAGUCAAAUUCGCCGCCAAACUGGAGCACGAGUACAUCCACAACUUCAAACUUUUGCAGGUUGCCUUUAAAAAGUGCGGGGUAGACAAGAACAUCCCGGUGGACAAACUGGUGAAGGGCAAGUUCCAGGACAACUUUGAGUUUGUGCAGUGGUUCAAGAAGUUCUUCGACGCCAACUACAGUGGAAGCGAAUACGACGCCAUCGCUGCGCGCCAAGGCCAGGACUCUGUCUCCGUCCCGACCCCCGCACCCACACAGAACAAGCCCGUCAAAAAGGCCCUCAGUCAAGGUGCUCCCAGACCGCCUGUUGCCAAAGUAGCCCCCAAAAUGGUUUCCCCCGGGUCCAAAAAACCAACGGCAGAAUCACAAGAACAGCAGGAAUUACUGAAUCAGGUGAGUGAACUCAAAGCAACCAUCGCCGACAUGGAGAAGGAGAGAGACUUUUACUUUAAUAAACUGAGGAGCAUCGAGAUGCUGUGUCAGGAGCAGGGAGAGGACGACCCCACGCUGAGGCAGAUCGUCGAAAUCCUCUACGCCACAGACGAGGGUUUCGUCAUACCUGGAGCCGACGAUCAGGAAGAGCCAGAGCCGGAGGAGUUUUAAUUGUAAAAACCCGGUAUCAGUUUUUUUACUCUCACCUCAAGUUCUCUUAAGUAAAGACUGUCCCAACGCAAUUCAAAAAUCCACUCCCGACUAGCGGCCCCAAAACGUCCGCCUGACAUACUUCACUCACCUGCCUUCAUUUGGAGUUACAUUCUCCUUUUACAAUCGUACAAUACAAGUCUGUUUUUGAUUAUUAUUUUUUUUCAAUCGCAAACACUGUGGACGGGGUGGCGGACUCCGGUGUGGUAAUGCGUUUAAUUCUGUGUGUGUGCGUGUGCGUGUGUGACUGACUGGAUUUGUCCCAAGAGAAAAAAAAAGAAAAAAAAAAGUCAAAUUGUUUCUCAGCAGAAGUUCAUGUUUUGGAAAAGCUGCAGCUGCUGGCAUCCCAUUCAUUCCCUGAUGAAAUCUGGUUCGUGUAAUUUUAUACCAGCAGUCAGUUGGAAUCGGUUUUAAUUAUUUAAGACUUGGCAACAAUUUCAUUCAUAUUCAAGCUGCGUUUAUGCCAUUUUUGAAUGCGAAAAACUGUACCUCAGUAUUUGAUUUCCAUAUACUUUUCUGUCUGAGGGAGGACCUACCACCGUCUCCAUGGAGAGUGACUAGAAUGUUCCACAGUGUGUCAUUAAUCUUAUCUAGCAGGUCAAGGGUAUAAGUUGGGACUGUAGAGCGGCGAGGCUGCUCAUGGUAAGAAUCAAAUACUGUUUUUUGCAAUAAAAAGCAAUGAAUAAAUGCAAAAUGGAUGGGUUUAAAGUGGGGAUGCACCGAUGCAAAACUGGUAUCAGAUAUCGGGCCUGAUAUUGAACAUUUUGGUGGAUUCUGGUGUAUAAAUUGGUGUAAUACAACGGUUGACUGGCCAAAAACGUCUCAUAACAUUAAACUUGUAUUUUUACAAAACUGUAGUUACAAAAGCAAGCCUUUAAUAAUUAUAUAGUAUCUUUCACAAAUAAAAAAGUAAAUAAAUCACACAGUGCUUUACAGUGCAAUGUAACAAACCAAAACAACAUUUACAAGAACGGAGGAAUUACACAACUUGACUAAAAAGCAAGUGUCUUGAGCAGCUUUUUAAAAGAGUCUAUAGCAAGGAUCUCCAACCUUUUACAUGCUUUGAGUUAAUUUUAGAAAACGAAAAUGCCGGAGAGCUGCAAAUUUUUAGUGAUUGCUAGAAAUUAAGUGGAUAUAAGAGGGAAAGCAUUAGAUGUUGUACAGUUAGAUGCCUUUAAAACAUUAAACCGUUAUCCAUUUAUUAGUGCAGUGGUAAUAAUUAAUAAAAUUUGAGUUAUUCAGUAUAAUAUGCAAUUCAGAAAUCCUUUAGUGAGCUACUUAUAACGGGGUGGAGAGCUACAGACGGCGUCACAGAGGGCCAGGGGGCAGGAGGUUACAUAAUUUUAGGGCCACAACCUGAAAGCACACGUCCCCCCGAGUUUUAAAUCGGGUUUUUGGGACCAUCAAGAGGCCCUGACCACAAGACCGGAGGACUAGAGGUUGCAACCUGAUGUACUUUGUCCAUUUAAAACUGUGCAAGUUAAAACUUACAAAAAGUUAGAACUUAACAAAACAAAUAAAACAAAAGAUAAAAUUGGUGUAACGUUUGUUCACCUGUUUGCUCCUGUUAAAGCAAAAACAACAAAACAACAUUUGGAUCUUUUUAGUUUUGUUUACCAUAAACAGUUUGCGUCUAAAUGAAAUAUCGUCAUCGUUGACGGAACAGAAAAAGCUGGAUCGGUUCAUCCCUAGUUUAAUGCCAUACUGUGGAACAUUCUAAAGAAAUUACACCUCCGUGGAGACAAACAGUUAGCAGACCUCAACAGAACAGAAUAUUUACAUACUGGUAGUUACAAGUCUGAUUCACACACUGAUGGUAGUUGUCGUUUUUUAGCAGUGUAUUCACUGCCUGAUUUUCGUCAAACUCGCACUUAAGUGAAAUUGAAAAUGAAAGCUUUAGUCUGAGGUGGGUGAUUCUUCUUUUAAGGCGUUUGCACUGUCUACACCAGUGGUCCUUAAUACUCGCCAAUGAACCGAGCUCUGCGGUACACUGUGAUCUUUGCCUUGUUCAAACCUAAUACUGAUGUCCCAUUCUCAGCUGUUUACUGCCUUUUGAACAAUUUGAAAGUUUCUCUAUUAAAAAAUGUUAUGGACUUUUAGCAGUAAAAUAUGUUCAGGUGUACACAGCUCUUCUGCAAUGGCCUUAUUCAUAACCUGUUUUCUCUUUUUAUUCUAUAUACUUUGAUAUUUUGGGCAAAUGUUUGUAUUGUAACUUUAAAAUAUGUUAAAAUAAACAAGUAUUUGGACAA